UUCGAUUGUGAUACCAAAGAAAGAUUGUUUAUUUAGUCAUUUUUUAAGAAUUUUACAAAAAUGUGUAAUCAAGUAUUUAUAUUAUUUACGGGUUAUUCACAUAUCGACGUUGACGAGCCGAGUGCAAUGCGUGCGAAUUGCACUUGCACUUUAAUACGCACAAGUAGUGGAAAGAAUAUUAUUGUGGACACAAUGACAGCCUGGGAUGGUGACAAAAUUGUAACAGCACUCAGAGAACAUAAUCUGCAGCCACUGGAUAUACAUAUAGUUGUCUGUACGCAUGGACAUUCCGAUCAUAUUGGUUGUAAUUAUCUAUUUCAAAAUGCAAAAUGGCAUUUCGUUGGUAAUUCAAUAUCACACAGAGAUAAGUACAUUGAGUGGUCCACAGAUGAUAGUGCUUCUUUCGCGAUUGAUGGCAUUGAUGUUGCGGUACAGCAGACUCCUGGACAUACACUUAGUUGUGUGUCUGUUAUCGCGGGAAAUACACCUUUCGGCACAGUUGGAGUUUGUGGUGAUUUAUUUGAGCGUGCAGAGGAUAUUUUUGAUGAAACACUUUGGCUUGAAGCUGGCAGUGAAGAUGCUACAAAACAAAGACAACAACGUUUACGUAUGGCUGAACUGUGUGCAUAUAUAAUACCUGGACAUGGUCCGGGAUUUAAAGUAACUGAUAAAAUGUUGGAAAAAUUACGUAGUGACGCUGGACUGCAGAGUAUUUCACUUACUGAAAACAUUGCAGAAAAACUGAAGGCACUUGAUAAUACCGAAAAUGAAGCAGUGGCUUUGGAGAGUAAAAACUGAAGUUGCUUGCAAUUUUAACACUAAACUAUGUCAAUCUCAAAUACUUUAUUGUACAAAACUAAAACUUGAUGUCGUAUUACUGCCUAAUUGAUAUUUUACAUAUUCCAUUGUUAAUGUUUAAUUUAUUUACUUUUUUUG